UUUUAAAUCUCUGAAACUUAUUUGAAAAUGACUGGUCGCGGCAAAGGAGGAAAAGGACUCGGCAAGGGAGGCGCCAAACGUCAUCGCAAAGUUUUGCGUGACAACAUCCAGGGAAUCACCAAGCCGGCCAUCCGUCGUCUUGCCCGUCGUGGUGGUGUCAAGCGAAUCUCUGGUCUCAUCUACGAGGAGACCCGCGGUGUGUUGAAGGUGUUCCUUGAGAACGUGAUUCGUGACGCCGUCACCUACACUGAACACGCCAAGAGGAAGACGGUGACGGCCAUGGACGUCGUCUACGCAUUGAAACGCCAGGGCCGCACUCUGUACGGCUUCGGCGGUUAAAUUUGAUUCCGAUUUAUUAUUUUAACUCCUGACUCAAUCCAAUCGGCCCUUUUCAGGGCCACCA